CUCACAACCACGGAAAACAAACCCCAGCCCCCACCACCACCAUAACUCCCCACCCAACCUCACGGAGCAAAAUCUUAACCACCAAAAGAGAGAAAGAAAGGAAACCAUGGACUCCCCUCUCCACACAAAAUCAACCCCCCUCCCCCUCUCGGCGAAGCUCCCUCUAACGCUUUUGCCAUCCCUAAUGCUCGGCACCACCCUCGGCCUCGCCCUUGGCGCAAAGCGCUCAGCACUGGUGUUCCGCGCCGAGAACGCGCACCGGAUCCCGCGGACCACACGAGGUUGGUAUUUCUACCACAAGAGCAAGAACUACUACACGAUGCUGGGCGCCGCACGGGAGGGCAUGCGAAGUGGUGUGCGGGUUGCAGGCUGGGUUGGCGGGUUUGUGCUUGCUGGCGGAGUGGUUGGUGAGGUGCUGGGGCCACUGGGGGGAGGGGUGGUGGCAGGAUUGAGUGUUGCGGGAGUAUUCAGCUGGAUUAAUAGGUUUUCCUAUGGGAUGGCGGUAACGACGGCUAAGCGGGGGCUUUUCUUUGGGUUCUUGUUUGGGGCCGGGGAGGAGGCCAUUGGUUAUAUUGGCAGGAAGAAGAGGGAGAUUGAGGAGCAGAAGGGAUGGGAAGGGACUUCUUGGUGAGAAGUUUUGGGUGGAUUUUGGAUGAUUUGGUUUGUUGUGUAAAUUAUGUCAUAUCACCAGGUUUCUGU